AGCGUCCUUGUUUGUGUGGUGCCGCCGCCGCCGGUGCAGCCGCCGCCGCCGCUGCUGCCCCUGUCUGUACCGCAGUGUCUGCUCCGCCCGCCCGCCCUCCCCGACCCGGCCCGCCCCCUCCCCCACCCCCGCUCCUGGACCCGCCAGUGGGGUCUGGAUCCCACUGUGCCGUCGCCGCCUCCUUUUUCGACGCCUUCGCGGCCGCCUGAGGAGGCGACCUGGUCGGGAGUUCCGCCGCCGCUGCCAGGAUGGAUAGAAUGACAGAAGAUGCUCUUCGCCUGAAUCUUUUGAAGAGGAGUUUGGACCCAGCAGAUGAGAGAGAUGAUGUCCUGGCAAAACGACUGAAAAUGGAGGGGCAUGAGGCUAUGGAACGGCUGAAAAUGUUGGCACUGCUCAAAAGGAAAGAUUUGGCCAAUCUUGAGGUGUCGCACGAGUUACCUACCAAACAAGAUGGCAGUGGUGUCAAGGGUUAUGAAGAGAAACUUAAUGGAAAUCUCAGGCCUCAUGGAGACAACAGGACUGCUGGAAGGCCAGGCAAAGAAAACAUCAAUGAUGAGCCUGUGGAUAUGAGUGCUAGACGGAGUGAGCCAGACCGAGGAAGGCUAACUCCUUCCCCAGACAUAAUUGUUUUGUCUGAUAAUGAGGCUUCCAGUCCCCGAUCCAGCUCCCGGAUGGAAGAGAGACUUAAAGCAGCCAACCUAGAGAUGUUUAAGGGGAAAGGCAUUGAGGAACGGCAGCAGCUUAUCAAGCAACUGAGGGAUGAGCUACGAUUGGAAGAAGCUCGUCUGGUGCUGUUAAAGAAACUGAGGCAGAGUCAGCUACAGAAAGAGAAUGUGGUCCAAAAGACUCCAGUUGUACAGAAUGCAGCAUCUAUUGUUCAGCCAUCUCCUGCACAUGUGGGACAACAAGGCUUAUCUAAGCUUCCCUCCCGGCCUGGAGCUCAAGGGAUUGAACCUCAAAAUUUGAGAACAUUACAGGGUCACAGUGUCAUCCGCUCAGCAACCAACACCACCCUUCCACACAUGUUGAUGUCUCAGCGUGUUAUUGCACCAAAUCCAGCCCAACUUCAGGGCCAGCGGGGGCCACCGAAGCCUGGCAUUGUACGCACCACAACACCUAACAUGAAUCCUGCCAUCAGUUACCAACCACAGUCAAGUUCUUCUGUUCCCUGUCAGCGCACAACAUCUUCUGCCAUCUACAUGAAUCUUGCCUCCCAUAUUCAGCCAGGGACUGUGAACAGAGUGUCCUCACCACUUCCUAGCCCCAGUGCCAUGAGUGAUGCCGCCAACUCACAGGCUGCAGCCAAAUUGGCUCUUCGAAAACAGCUGGAAAAGACGCUCCUGGAGAUACCACCUCCAAAACCUCCUGCUCCUUUGCUUCACUUCUUGCCUAGUGCAGCCAAUAGCGAGUUUAUCUACAUGGUAGGCUUGGAAGAAGUUGUACAGAGUGUCAUUGACAGCCAAGGCAAAAACUGUGCCUCACUUCUGAGGGUCGAACCCUUUGUAUGUGCCCAGUGCCGCACAGAUUUCACCCCUCACUGGAAGCAAGAAAAGAAUGGUAAAAUCCUCUGUGAGCAGUGUAUGACUUCCAACCAGAAAAAGGCUCUAAAAGCUGAACACACUAACCGGCUGAAAAACGCUUUUGUUAAAGCCCUACAACAGGAACAGGAAAUUGAGCAGCGAUUACAGCAGCAGGCAGCACUCUCCCCAACUACAGCUCCAACUGUAUCCAGUGUCAGUAAACAGGAGACCAUCAUGAGACAUCAUACACUUCGGCAGGCUCCUCAGCCCCAGAGCAGCCUCCAACGUGGUAUACCCACAUCUGCCCGAUCCAUGCUUUCAAACUUUGCACAGGCACCCCAGUUGUCUGUGCCAGGUGGCCUCCUCGGCAUGCCAGGUGUCAACAUUGCAUACUUGAACACUGGCAUCGGAGGACAUAAAGCCCCAAGUUUGGCAGACCGGCAGCGUGAAUACCUUUUAGACAUGAUCCCUCCCAGGUCUAUAUCGCAGUCCAUCAGUGGGCAGAAAUAACACCUGUUCUACUUGUACUGCCCAUCCUUGAAUCCUUUACCCAUUUCUCCCAUUGCCCCCAACUUCCGUCGCAUGCAGUGCCUGUACUGGUGCCUACCAUACACGGAAAGCAAAACCGAAAAAAACAGAAGACAAAAAUAGACAUCAACAAGAAAAUACCUGCCCUGCCCUGCCACCUCCCCUUUAUUUCACACUGCUGCGAUCUGUUCUCCUGCUGCUCUGUCUUCUCUCUUCAAUUUCCUUUAACAGUGAGGUGGAUCUUUGCCUCUGAUAGAGGUCAGAAUGAGGUCCUGGGGAGAAUUUAAGCCCUUUGAUGUGUGUUUCUAAAGUUUGUUUUAUGCUAUAAUUAUUAUCAUUUUUAAUUAUAUUGUGUGUUUUCCCUUUGUUCUGUAGACGGUUAAUUCCUAUCUUCUGUUUUAUUUCCCUACCUCCCUCUGCUAACCCUCCUCCUUUUUUAAAAAAGUGUAUGCAUGUGUGUGUGUGCACACAUACACACACACAAUUCAGUGACCACAUGCAGAUUGCCGUGGAUCCUCAGCUACCAAUAGGAAAUAACUGAGAAUGUUAGGGACAGAGAUGUUGAGUGCACCUAACCUGAGUUGUGCAGUGGGUAUCAUCAAUCAAGUAGGAAUAGCAUCCCAGAUAUGGUUGGUCAGGAUCUGGAGAGUUUAGGAGGCAAUGUUUUAGUCAUGAAUUUGAGCUCUGUGACAAUGAGUAAAAGAGCCUAGAGGGAGAAGCUUAAAACAAAAACUACCUGUCGUUUAACUGUGGGAUAUGGGGGAAGAGGUGUAACAUAAGUUCAGUAGUGUCCCAAAGAGGGCUGCAGCCAGGUCCUGGCCUUCUAGGUGCUUGGGGAGUAAGAUGGUUCUCCGGACUCCAGUGAGGACACCGAAGUCUGUUCCAGGCCAAUCAUCUGGAGAUUGUUUAUCUUAUUUUCUUUGUAAAAUUGUCUCUCAUUCACAUCUUCAUACCCUUUAACAAAUGUUCAUCUUCCUUCUAACCGUAGUCCCGGAGGAGUGGUUGUUUCCAGGCUGCAGGUGGUUGGGUAAUCUAGAAGUUGGAAUAGGUAUACGUGAAUCAUGUGAUAGAAGGGGAAACUAGACAUAGAGGAAGAAGAGGUUUCUCCCAGCAGUUGAGAUUCUCACGUUUCUAUCCCUGUACCCUCUGAGUGCUGAGAGAUAAUGGGUGUAGGCCCCCAAUCAGGUUGGUAUUCCACUCUCACUCUGCUACGCUGGCUGUAGAUCCAACUUCUUAGAGCCAAGCAACCUGUCCAACCAGCUUUGGACCUCAGCUAUAUAAGUAUUGUCUUCUCCCAAGCUCCUCUCCCCAAAAUUUAGUUCAUUUUGCUUUUUUUUUUUUUUUUUUUUUUUUUUUUUUGA